AUGAAGGUUCUUUGAGCUGCCAACAUGGCCUCCUCUGAUCAAUGGGCGUCUGCCAACUGAAACAAUGGCCCAGAUAUCCAGCAGAAGUGGAUUCAAACAGCCGGCUGCUGGCAUGCGAGCCGUGGGCAGAGAAGAGGCCCUGCAGAUGGAGACAGAAGCCCUGGCUAAGCUGCAGAAGGAGAGGAGCCAGGGCGCCAAAGACUGCCUAACCCGCUCCCUUGGCAGCGGCCACCUGAAGGCCCAGGCGGGGGUCCGGCAAGAGUACGACCUGAUCCACUUUCCGGAGGCCGAGGGCUCGAACCAAGAGGCCGAGCGAGUGCUGUCCGACCUGGACAUCAAGAAUCUGACUGAAGCCGAGCUGGAGAAAUUACUGCUCGACAGUAGUUUUGGUCCCAAGAGCUGUUCCCGUCCGCGCACUCUCCCCAACGCCCCUCUUCUCAGCUUGUCCUUUUCCGGUCAGCUGUACGGGCAGCCGGCUUUCCCUGCGUGUCCGUGGGCCGCGUCCACAGUGGGCUCUCGGGGGCCAGUGUACCAGGCCCCGCAGCCGCCCCUGAGCUUCCCGAAGCAGCCAGACGCCUUCCGCAAUGGUUUCUACCCGGGCCAGUCGGGCUUCCGGCCCUUGGAGCCCCUUUACCUCAGCCUCCAGGGGCACCGCUUCGUGCCGUUCCCUCGCCAGCCUGCCGUGGCCGUGCAGGUGCCAGCCCUACCAGUCUAUACGCCCGUCACCCCCGAGCUGGCUAAGCUGUAUGACCAGAUCGCCAGCACCUCGGAGUAUCUGCGGAACAGCAAGUCCAGCGGGGACCUGGAGUCAGCUGGCACCAUGGCCCCACGUCUCGCCACCUCGCCCGGCGCCAGAGAGGCCAGCAGCAUGUUUGACUGGCUGGACCUCGAUCCCCUUAGCAAGCCGCGCCUGGAAGCCCCCAGCCCCGGGGAGGGCGGCGAGCGAGAGGGGCCAGGGGCGGUCACCAUCGCCGGUGACCCUUGGGAACAAGUCUUGCAGAGACAGGAUGACACACAGCCUGCCUCCGCCACAGCGCGCCAAAGAGCGACCACACAGCCUAACGGGAAGGUCACCUCCGGAGCUUCGGUCACUCGCAGUUUGUCGCUCAACCUGCGCUCGACCAACUCCCAGCUCUCACACCGAGCCUCAGGGCACGGCACCAAGACUUCCCAGGGUGAAAAUAGGAGCUGCAGUGUUCCCACAGGUGCUAGUUGUCUGGAUCAAAUGGAUUCACAGAAUCAUGAGGUGGCAGCUUUUUGCCAAGAGAUCACCAAGAUUCGGUCUGCGUGUCCGCACAACAACCACUCCACGAAUCCCGGUUAUAUUUUGAGUCCCAUCAUGCUUCAUUGGGACACGAAUGGAGAGAGCACCAGCGUUAAGGUCUCCAUCGAAAUCGAAGGAUUUCAGCAGCCGGUGACGUUCACCUGUGACGUGAGCUCCCACGUUGAACUUAUUAUAAUGCAAGCUCUCUGCUGGGUUCAUGAUGACCUGAACCAAGUUAAUAUGGACAGUUACAUCCUGAAAGUCUGUGGACAAGAAGAAGUCUUGCAAAAUAAACACUGCUUGGGGAGCCACGAAUACAUUCAAAACUGCCGCAAGUGUGACACAGAGAUCAAGCUGCAGCUGAUGAGUCACAGUACAAUCUGCAGAGCCCUGGCUCGUACGGCCGAUGACGAUGAAGUGCCUACAGAUCUGGAGAAGUUUCUACAAAAGGUGGAAAAGCCCUUCAAAGAAAUCAUCAGCAGGCAGAGUCUCACUGAGCUCCUAGAAACCUAUCACGGUCACGUUAAGACAUGCUUGCAGAAUGAGAACAAACAGUACAAAACUGUGGACCGGGUCAUCCAGGCCGUAAAGAACAUUUGCAGUGCACUGGAUGGUGUGGAGACCAAAACCAUCACUGACGCCGUAAAGAAACUCAAGCGUGCCGUCAGCCUACCAAAGAGCAAAACAUUGGAGGUCAGAUCGAAGGUUGGUGAUGACUCAGGUGAUGGUGGAAAGAAUGGCUCUGUGCCUGCAGUGAGUGCGUUGGAGGGAAGCUUGGGUGAGCUAACCGUGGCUGUGAAUGAGCUACUACAGCAGUACCUAAGCUCCUUCAGCUGCAGCCCAGGCUCCGCUGGGGCCUUGCCCACGAGCGCCAAGCCCACGAGGGAGGCCCGAGCCACCAAGGAACAUCUUCAGUUCACCCUGUUCGCCGCCCACCGGAUCCCCCCGGCCUGGAUCAGUAGCUUUGAAAAGUACUACCUGAUGUGCUCAUUGACCCACAAUGGGAAGGAUCUCUUCAAACCAGUGCAAUCCAAGAAAGUUGGGACCUAUCGAGGCUUGUUUUGCCACAUCAAGUGGGAUGAGCUGAUCAGCUUCCCGAUUCCGAUUGCUCAGCUGCCCUUGGAGUCCAUGCUGAGCCUCGGUUUGUACGGAAUAUUGAAUCCCUCGGCUGCCGGAUCACCGGAUUCUAACAAGCAACGGAAGGGGCCGGAGUACCUUGGCCAAGUUUCUGUGCCACUUUUCAGUUUUAACCGCGUGUUGACUUGUGGAACAAAGCUGCUACGGCUCUGGACGUCCAUCCUUGGGAAUCCAGCUGGUGGGACAAUAAAUAGAAAAGGCAGCUCAAUGGACAGAAUAGUGCUGCAAGUGGACUUUCCAUCCUUUGCCUUUGAUGUUGUCUACUGCCCUCCGCAGCCUAGCCGGGUUGUUGAACUGGACUUUGAUACGUUGGACACAGAGACCCAGAAGCAGCUCCUUGAUGUAUUUGCCAAAGACUCGGCAUUUGAACUUUCUAAAACUGACAAAGAACAUCUGUGGGACAAACGACAGUACUGUUUUUCCCACAAAAACAGCCUUCCCAAGAUUCUGGCCAGCGUUCCGAGCUGGGAUUGGGACUCUCUCCCCGAGAUCUACUCUCUGCUCCAGCAAUGGAUUCCGCUCUGCCCUGUGUACGCCUUGGAGCUGCUGGAUUCUAAAUUCGCGGACCAAGAAGUGCGAAGUGUCGCUGUGAACUGGCUCGAAGCAGUCACCGAUGACAAGCUUGUGGAUUACCUGCCUCAAUUUGUACAGGCUGUGAAGUACGAGUGUUACCUGAGCAGCGCCUUGGUGAGGUUCCUCUUGUCUCGGGCUCUGGGAAGCAUUCUUGUAGCACAUCACUUGUACUGGCUGCUGAAGGAUUCCCUCCACAACCCUCACUUCGGAGUGCGUUACGAGCUGAUUCUGGGCGGCCUGCUGUGCGUGUGCGGGAGGGCAUUGCGGGAGGAGUUUGAGAAGCAGAGCUGGCUGGUGCAGAAGGUGGGAAUGGUGGCGGAGAAGGUGCGGCUGGCGAGUGGAUCGGCCAGACAGGUCACCCUUCAGGAGGGUAUGGAGGGUGUCCAGUGCUCCCUCAAGCACAAGUUUCGGCUGCCACUGAACCCGAGCUUGGUUGCGAAGGAGCUCAACGUUAAGGCCUGCUCUUUCUUCAAUUCCAAUGCAGUGCCACUGAAGGUAGCAUUGGUUAACGCAGACCCACUGGGGGAUGAGAUCAAUGUAAUGUUUAAGGUCGGGGAGGAUUUGCGACAAGACAUGUUAGCGCUGCAAAUGAUCAAGAUCAUGGACAAGAUCUGGCUUCAGGAAGGGCUAGACCUGCGCAUGGUCAUUUUCAAAUGCAUCUCAACGGGGAAGGACCAAGGUAUGGUGGAGCUGGUGCCCGCUUCAGAAACCCUGCGGAAGAUCCAAGUGGAGUAUGGAGUGACCGGCUCCUUCAAGGACAAGCCGCUGGCCGAAUGGCUGAGGAAGUACAAUGCUACAGAGGAGGAGUAUGAAAAGGCAUCUGAGAACUUCAUCUACUCGUGUGCGGGCUGCUGUGUAGCCACCUACGUGCUGGGCAUCUGCGACCGUCACAAUGACAACAUCAUGUUGCGAUCCACCGGCCACAUGUUCCACAUCGACUUUGGGAAAUUCCUGGGUCACGCUCAGAUGUUUGGGAGCUUCAAAAGGGAUCGGGCUCCGUUUGUCCUGACGUCAGACAUGGCUUACGUGAUUAACGGUGGCGAGAAGCCCACCAGUCGUUUCCAGCUGUUCGUGGAUCUCUGCUGCCAGUCGUACAACCUGAUCCGGAAACACGCCAGCCACUUCCUGAAUCUCCUGUCGCUGAUGCUGUCCUCUGGGUUACCGGAGCUCACCAUUCAGGAUCUGAAGUACGUUCAGGAUGCUCUCCAAACACAAACAACAGACGCAGAAGCCACCAUCUUUUUCACCAGGUUGAUUGAGUCCAGCUUGGGCAGCAUGGCCACCAAGUUCAACUUCCUCAUUCACAACUUGGCUCAGCUGCGCUUUUCGGGGCUGCCGUCCACAGAGCAGGCUAUCCUCUCCUUCUCGCCCAAGACCUAUUCCCUGAAGCAAGACAGCCGCAUCAAAGAGGUGACCAUCUUCACGUACCAGAAGAGGUACAACCCCGACAAAUACUACAUCUACGUGGUGCGAGUUUUACGUGACGGGCAGAUGGAUUCCACGUUUAUCUUCAGGACCUUUGAUGAGUUUCAGGAGCUGCACAACAAGCUGGGCCUCCUCUUCCCCCUGUGGAAACUGCCAGGCUUCCCCAACAAAGUGGUGCUGGGACGCACUCACAUUAAAGACGUGGCAGCCAAACGGAAGGUGGAGCUCAACAACUACGUGCAGUGUCUGAUGAGCAGCUCCCCCGAGGUGGCUGAGUGUGACCUUGUCUACACCUUUUUCCAUCCUCUGGCGCGGGAUGAGAAGGCAGAAGGAAUUGAUGGAAUGGUGAAACUCAGAGACGUUCCCCCGAGCCCUGGGGCGGGUCAGGUGGGAGGGGAAGUCAAGCUCUCCAUUUCGUAUCGAAACAAUACACUCUUCAUCAUGGUGAUGCACAUCCGAGAUCUGGUGACGGAGGAUGGAGCAGAUCCAAGCCCAUAUGUAAAGACCUAUUUACUCCCUGAUCCACACAAAGUAACCAAGCACAAGACCAAGGUCUCACGGAAAACCAGAAACCCAACUUACAAUGAAAUGCUGGUGUACAGCAGUUACAGUAAAGAAACUCUUCAGCAGAGGGAGUUACAGCUCAGCGUUCUGAGUGCGGAAUCCUUGCGAGAAAACGUUUACCUCGGCUGCGUUACAUUGGACCUGAAAGAUUUUGACUUGAGCAAGGAGACCGUCAACUGGUACAAACUGACUGCUGCCCCUGUACUGUAGCCCUCACCCCACCCACCCACAUUCUUCCCUUCUCUACUGAACCCCUCCUUUUCUCCUGCCCCUUUUCCCAACCCCCCCCUCCCACCCGCCAUUACCACAAAAAAGCGAGAAGUGGAUCAAUCGCAACAAGAGCUCCAUCUCUCAUUCACAUACAUCUUUUACUUGAAAAAGGAGAAGUUUUAACUGUGGACAAAACUGCGGGCUGAAGCAGAUGCAUAUUAACUAACUCACGGACCAAUCUAGUUUGUUGUUAAAUUUAAAAACAAAGCGCUGACACGUGCACUUGCUGCCACCUUCAUUUUUUUUAAAAAAAGUAAUAAAAUCUCUAUUUUUUUGAUGAUUAUUGGUAGCAGGACAUGCCAAAUCACAGUAGAUACUAAUGAACUCUAUUGCUUCAAACUGGCUUCCUCCUCAAGAGAACCAGAGGGUCUCCCUCACAUUGCUGGGGUUAAGGUCACUGGACUUGGCUAGGGAUGCAAAGCUUUUCCUUGCAAUUGGCGUAAAAUCAGACUAGCCGCAACAGUCUUCCUUUAUCAAAUGCCCAAAUUCCACAUAAGAGAGCUGCCAAUGGAAGCAGUUGUAUCCCUUGUUUGUUGUUGUUGUGCACUGUAGGUAAAAGUGGAACCUGGCUUCCUGUUCUUGGAAAUUAAUUUUGAGAUGUGCGAGGAAGCUAUUUAUUUCUAAAAUUAACGCUUGUUGCACAACCCUUUUAAAAGCGGCCAAACACAGUCAUUGGUAGAGGAGCUGAGAGUGAUGCUAAAACAGAAGGAUACAUCUCUUACCAGUUCAACUUGACCUGCCGCUUUCGGGUAUUGAAGGCCCAAGUGAAUAGUCGCCAUUCCCGUUGACAAAACACAAGUGUCGGCACUCUUGACUCGCGGUCAAAUCAUUGUGGGGUCAAACCCCAAGUCGGGCACUUUGAACUUGCCUUCCAGGUUGACAGUGCAAUACAAUGCAGUACUUCAGACAAGAUGUUACGCCGAGGUUCAGGUCAAACACAGAAACACAUGGGGGCAGGGGCUGAAAAAUAACACUAAUGGCAUUCAGUGUGUGUGUGUAUAUAAUAUAUGUAGAGUGCAAUCCCUUCUGAGCAGUGACAUUGCCUAUCAUGCUUAACGGUAACCUGUAGAUGGUAAACAUACAGAUUCAGGUAUAUCACCCUUUACUAAAUCUAUACGUUGGUGACUUUCCAGUGAUGGGUUCACUAUUUAGUGUUUUAAAACCUAAAACUUUGCAAAUUUGGUAGAACUUUUGCUUUUGUUUUUUUUCCUUCAAGUCUUAUUCUGGUAAAACAGCACCAACUCUGUCAAGUGUCAAAUAAAACAUUUUUUAAGGCUCAAAGUUUCUGGUAUGAAAGCCACAAAGAAAUGAGUGUGUAGAAGUCCUGCCAGUGACUGCAAGCUCCUAUAAUAUAUGUUCUGAAGAGGCAGCGAGUGACUGGCAGAUCCCAAGUCAUUGUUGCACAUCACCAUUGGUUGAGGGACAGCUUUUAAGAAUGAGGAUUAUUGAGUCAUACAUUUAGCAGCGGCACUCCUAACUAUUCAUGUAAAUGUGUGGGCUUCAGAAUGCGUCUGUAUGUGGCACAAGCUGACAAUGUAAUACUUUGCUGUGUAAGCUUGUUUUGAGCAAAUUAUCUGUUCGCAGUGCCUCCCUUCAAUGGUCCUGACUUCUAAAUCUUCUCUGAUCCCCUUCUAUCCAAACAAGGAGAGUUCACAUUGAUUGCAUAUGUCUUGUGGUAGAUUUUGAGGUGCUUUAAAUAGACCAUCCCCUUUUGCAUGAGGUUUUGCCCAGGGCUGUCAUACAGUCAUCCAAAACAUACCUUUCAACACGUUUCACUUAUGUUUAAACCCACUGAUGUUUAAAAUUGUGCGCGUGUGUAUGAAUAGGUUUACAAUUUAGUUUGAAGCAUAGAACCUUAAAGCCAAGGCUAAGCUGGAGUGGUGAAUGCUGACUGGUGUAAUGGGCUGAAAGUUGGCUGAAAGAAAAGGAAAGAGGAAAUCCUGUCCCUGUAAAAGAGAUCACAGUUCUGACACAUUCACCUUCCCUUGUUGAAUCUUUCCAUCUGUCUUUGUGUACAAAGCUCCUAUUGAUCACCAUUCACAUUAGCAUUGGACACAAUCAAAUGUUGCUGCUCUUGGUUUUUUUAAUGUAAAUAUAAUGUUCAGUCUUGUGUAUUUUUUUUGAACAAAAACCUGUGCUUACACCUUCACCAUGGGGGGAGAAGUUCAAUGUUUGGAAGAAGUUUUCUGGUGGAUAGGAGCAAGCAUUGAUUUUUUUUUGGAGUGGGGGGAGGAGGCUGAGAGAGAGGAGAAAAUGUUCUGUGGAACGCUUUCAGUAUUUGAAAGGUGCAAUUAGAGACUCUCGUUACUAUAGUGACUGAAUGCAGCUGACGUCAGAAUUUGACGACAGAAAGAUUGCAAUUUGGCCUUAAAACGUGUGACCGAUUACCUUUUUGUAUUCCAUCUUGCUAUCAUUCACAAUGGAAAUGAGGUUUAUAAAGUCAGUUUGCAGAAUCUACCAUACAAUUACAAAUCAAACAAGUAUUUUAAUGAAAAUAAAACCUAUCUUUGUAAUCUGUUGUAUGCCUGUACUGUUUUAUAUAUUGUCAUUUGACACUGUGAGUGUAUUAAGUGUAAAAGGCAAAGCAGAAGCACACUGGGGAGCAAAAACGUUGCCUUGAAUGAUCUGCGUUACCUGUAGCUCUAAGAACCACAAGUAUGUUCGACCCAUAUGUAUCUUUUUACUUUGAAGAUGUACAGUAUUUCUAUCUAAAUCCUGUCCGCAUUCUAAUGGACUAAAUGUGACUCCAUAAGUAUAUGUCAAGAUGUAACUUGUUUUUAAUAAAGACCAUUUCAAAAUCA